UUAUACUCUGACUGGACUUGGAAAUUCCGAAGGAAAAUUGAAUCGAGGCUGCAUUUUACCUUGACCUUUUAGACACAACUCAGGUAUUCGUUACCGAAAACUAGAAAACUCUUACAGAUGUUGUCAUAAAAUGCUGGUAUACCUAUUGUUGUUGUCUGUCCUGGUGCAGACAGGAUGGACACAAACUAGAGACACUGUAAUAACUAACACUGAUGGCUACAAGAUGGAUAGAGCCCCCACCUUCCUGGUGGUGGCACCUAAAAGAAUCAGACCAAGUAUGGUAAUUCAAGUCUUUGUGACUAUUCUGAGACUAGAAUAUCAGCAAGUUAAUGUAAAGAUAUCCGUGGUGGAGGGGAAAGUGAUGUAUGCAGGAUCUGAAUUAAUGUUUGAUCGUCCUGGAAGCAGAAUAAUGCAAAUGAGGAUGCCUGGCAAUGCUCAAGAAGGAAACUAUAUUUUGAGAGUGGAAGGCAGUGAAUAUGGAAGUAACAGUGGGAAUAUAUUUUUUAAUGAGACCAGAUUAGAAUUUAGUCCCAAACAGGCUUCAUUGUUGAUACAGCUCAGUAAACCUAUUUAUAGACAAAGUCAAACUGUGCAUUUCAGGGUGGUACCAAUCUUACCAAAUUUAAUGCCAAAAUAUGGGAGUAUGACCAUAUAUGUACAUGAUCCCACAGGUUUUCCUGUAAGAAGAUGGUUGGCUGUUCAGACAAAUGCAGGAGGUCUUGUAAGUCAGAGUUUUGAACUGUCAGAUCAGCCUAAUUAUGGUAAUUGGUCCAUAGUAGUAGAUGCAUUUGGAACAAGAUACAACCAAUACUUUUUAGUAGAAGAAUACUGGGAUCCCAGAUUUGAUGUGAACGUAACAGUCAAACCAUAUAUUAUGGACAAUCAGAGAACCAUUGGAGGAAUAGUUAAUGCAAAUUUUACCACUGGUCGUCCAACAGAAGGAAAUGGAACCGUUGUUGUCAGUGUGUACCCACCAAGUUCACUUUGUUAUCAGAAUCCUACAGUAUAUUACAACAAGUCAGAAAUAACUCCUGUCAUGUUACGUCAAGUUUACCCUUAUGUAAAAGGACCAAUAUUCUUUGAAUUUGACAUGGAACAAAUAAGGCAGGAAGUGAGAAGGUUCUACCCUCAGUGUGUCACAUUAGAGGAUUUUGAGUUACAGUUUAACGUCAGUAUAUAUGACUGGUUCUUUAUGAUGACAGAGGAAGGCUACGCUAGUACUGUUAUAUUCAGUUCCAGGAUAAGAUUACAGUGGGUUGGAGAUAUUGUCAGGACAUUCAAACCAGAUUCUACUCUUAGUAUUCAGGUGGCAGCAAUGCAUUUUGAUGGUUCAGCGGUUAACCCUGCCAAACCUAUUCACUUUAUAGUCAAUCCAAUAGCAGGUUCCACAGGAUCAGUAGCUACACCUGGACCAGUAACACCAACUAAUGGAAUAGCAGAAAUUAACUUAGCUAUAACAGAUAAUACCAUUACCGGUCUGGAUAUUUAUGCAAGAUACAAUAAUGAUAUGAAUACAGAAAUCCAGAUGAAGACAACUCGGUACUACUCACCAAGUAACAGUUAUAUUACUGUGUCCACAUCUACAAAGAAUCCUAGUGCUAAUGAAUACAUGAUAUUUCAUGUUAGAACAACUAACUAUAUUCCUAGAAUUUACUACCAGGUUAUUGCCCAAGGAAAUAUCAUCAUUGGAGAAGAAUUAGAAAUGAUAUCUAGGAGGAAGUCAUUCGCUAUAGCUCUAUCUAGAGAAAUGGUGCCUACAGCCAGAUUAGUGGUGUACUAUGUCUCAGGACAACCAGAAGAAAUAGUCAUGGACAGCAUCAGUUUCUAUGUCAGUGGGCUCAGAGCUAAUCCAGUCAAAGCUGAGGUGAAUCUAGGUAAAGAUUUUACCAGAGAUUCAGUAGAGAUUCGAGGAGAAUCUGACCCUGGAUCUUACAUGGCCUUCUCUGCCAUGCCUCUGGAUAUCUACAGUAGAGGAAUCAAUGAUGGACUCACGGAAUACAGGUUGAUUGAUGAGUUGAAUUCGUAUGAUGGAGACAAUAGGAGAGCAUGGCAACACUUGUGGAGAUUGAGUGAGACAGAGUUUGAAUAUAAAUUCUUCACUUCUACAGGACAUGGAAUUGAUACUACCACCACUCUUUCUCAAUCUGGAUUGGUAGCUUUGUCUGAUGUCACCAUCACCAGAGUUGUUAGUCCGUGUAACUUUACAAGAGAUGGUACAUUGCCUUGUUUUACUGGAGAAAUAUGUUACAAUCUCAACAAGACAUGUGAUGGACAGAAAUUCUGUAGUGACUGGGCUGAUGAACAAAAUUGUCCAGUUGAGGAUCCUCGUUACAACAAUAGAACCGAGGGAAUGAUUCACAGAGUUAGCCGAGUUCUCAGAUUUUAUGAAGACAGUGCAUGGGCUUGGAAAGAGUACUUUACAAAACCUGACAGGAAAGUGCAAUUCAGAGUACAUCCUCCAAAAUACCCUCUAACCUGGAUGAUAAAUGGUAUUGCUGUUAGUAGAAGCUUAGGACUUGGUGUAAUGAGCAAACCUAUUAGGUAUGAUGCCACCAGAUUUAUGUACAUGAUAGUAGAAGCCCCAGAUAUUGUGGUCCGUGGUGAGCAUGUUGGUGUAAGGGUAACAGUAUUCAACUACUGGCCUGGUGAUAAUUUCAUUGAAGUUUUAGUGACAAUGAAAGGAUCUCCGCACUACGAUUCAUUACUUGUCGGGGAUGAAGGAUAUGUUGAUUCCAGAAAUCCACUUCGCCACCCUGGAGAUCACCAGACUAUUGUAUUUUUGGAACCUGGAACUUCAAAGGAUAUUUUUAUGCCAAUUAUGCCAAACAUUGUGAUGGGCAGCUUUAACAUCUCUUUAGAAUGCUGGUCAUUUAUGGAUAGAGAUUUCUUCCAUAAGACUAUUUAUGUAAAGGCUGACGGUGUAGAGAAUUAUUAUCACACCCCAUAUUUGAUAGAUUUGAUCAGAUACAGCUCUAUCAAAAUCCCAGAACUGAAAGUAAAUGUUUCUGACAAGUUUAUAGAACCUGAAGUGAGAGAACAUUUGUAUGUUCCUGGGUCUGAGAAAGCUGUACUCACUUGCUUUGGUGAUGUUGUAACCCCAGGUUUCUUCACCCAGUUCCCUACAGCAGAAGACAUCAUGCGCAGGCCAUAUGGUGGUGGUGAAAUGAACAUGUUUAACUUUGCAUACAAUCUGAUAACCCUCAAGUUUAAGAAAAAUAAUCAACAGCUACCAAAUGACAUCUUGAGAAGGACGCUUGGAUACAUGAAUAUUGCUUUACAGAGACAGUUGAGUUACAUGAAUGAUGAUGGAUCAUUUAGUAUGUUCAGAGAUGAUGAGGCUCCUAGCAUAUGGUUGACUGCAUUUGUUGCCAAAACGUUCCAGGAAGCUAGAUUUGGAGAAUGGGAGAAAGACAUGUUCAUCCCUAUUGAGCUGUUGAACAAGAUAGCUUUAUAUCUCUGUAGUCAACAGAACAAUGUCACUGGGGAAUUUAUGGAAGAGAAAGCUCCUAUUUAUGACAGAACUUAUGGACAUCUUAAAGAGAUGCAAACCCAACAGUUGAUGGGACAUCCAGUACCCUUAACAUCUUAUGUUCUUAUUGCACUUUAUAAAUUGAAAGAUGCUUCAGGGGAUGCCCAGAGUUGUAUUACCAAGGCAGCACAAAGAGCAUCAGAGUAUUUGUCCAAGAGAGCGACAGAAAUCGGUGAAUCCCAGGAAGUAUUCCAUAUGGCAAUAUCAGCUUAUGCACUGUCUCUGAGUCAACAAAACAGUCAGACUUUAUAUAACAAACUGAUGGAUCAAAAACGUUCAGGUAAAGAAACCUAUUUUGCUGAUGAUGUAGUGCGGGACAAUCCAUCCACUUUUAUAAAUACAGUCCGAUACCUUCUACCCAGACUGCCUCUGGUUAAUGAUGGAUAUGCUGUUCAGAGUACUGCCUAUGCCUUAUUGGCUUACAUGAAUCAUGAAAAAAAUCAACAGUCCAGUAACACCAAGCAGGAACGUGACUCCAUGAUGAGGUGGCUUCAGUUUAUGAGGAAUUAUUUUGGUGCCUUUGCAUCUACUCAGGAUACUCUGGUUGCUAUGGAAGCGCUGAGUGAAUUUACCAGGAUUGAUCCAAACAGAAACGUAUUCAACAUGCAAAUACAGCUGCAGUCGUCUGCUACUCAUGGAUGGAUGAAAUACCUGUAUCUACUGAAAGAUAAUUAUACCAACACACAACAGGCAUCUAUUCCGAACGUAUAUGGUCAAGCCUCAGUCACUGCUUUAGGUAUUGGCAGAGCUAUGUUGCAGCUCACCACAACAGUAAAUGUAGAAUGGGAAGAGAAAGUUCGUGAGACUGUUGACUUUCAAACAUUCUACGAUCUCUAUCUGGAUGAUGAACCCAAAUUUAGUGGCAGGAAUAAUUCCAUCUUGACUCUACAUCCUUGUGUCAGUUGGGUGUAUCAAACCAGAAGUAAACAAGCUGGACUAAGUGUGUUAGAGAUAGACGUUCCCUCUGGUUAUGUUGUGAUGAAUCAUACCCUGAGGAAUAUAGUACGACAAGGGGUACCUGCUAAUCUGAAGAGAGCUGAGUACUAUGCAAGAAAAGUUGUCCUGUAUUUUAGCUAUUUGGAUAACAGUAAGACUUGUGUGAAGUUUGAUGCCUACCGAUGGUAUCCUGUAGCUAACAUGACAAUUCAGAACAGAAUGAGAGUAUAUGAUUACUAUGAACCAGGAAUGCAUAGGACAAGAUUCUACACAACUUAUGAUUUAUUCAACUUGAAUAUUUGUUAUGUAUGUGGAUCAUAUCAGUGUCCCUAUUGUCCAUUCUUCAAUGUCGCAACCGUGAUUAAAGCAACAUUUACAACGAUAACACUUUUCCUGGGAUUCAUCGUAAAACAUUAUCUUUCAAGAGUGACUUAGCAGUGUCAGUCCUGUGACAGAAUGUCUUCUCAUUGUUAUUGUUUUUGAAUAUUGAUAUAUCUCAGAGAUAACUGUUUAUGCAUAAAAAUAUACAAGAAGGACUACAUUUGUACAUAUACGAAUUCAUCAUUUCUCAAACUGUCCAUUCAUUUUAAUUCAUUUGACACUUCUUUAUGUUGACCAAAUGUUAUUUGAAAUCAUAUAUUUGUAUAAUAACCAUGUGAUUCAUACCAAUUGUUAUGCAAUGGAAAUCAAAGGUUUCUAUAUUUGUGUUUUUAUUAUACUUAUGCUAUUAAUUAAAGUCUGAUAUUUGGUUCCCAGAUAAAACUUCUACUAAAUUUGGCUCAACUUUUUUAUUACUUGCAUUGGUGAAAUAGUAAAACAAAUAUUGAAUUUGGGUGUUAACGAAGAUUUAAAUGUAUACUUGGGUAUUAAACAGCCAUCCACUCUCCUCAUCAGAGUUAACUGGUAUUUCCUUAAGUUAAAAAAUUGAGCACAUAAUAUGGAUAAUUGUAGUUGUGGAAAAUUUGUAUAACCAAGAUAAAAGAUACACAUAUGGAAAUCUAGAAUUCCUAAAAAUGUACAUAAAAUGUUUCUUCAACAUGUAUAUGCCUUAAUCAAAUACUUCAUUACAUGAUUGUUUUAAAUUUUACAUUUGUCAAUUAAAGGUUAGUGAUCAGUAUCAAACAUAUCAUAUUCUAAUGACAUUCCUUUUUGUACAAGCAUUUGGAGUUAUGUAUCAUAUUUUUUAAAUGAAUUUAUUUUGAAAUUAUUGAAACAUAUCAUAUUUCUUUUAUAUAUUUCAUAUUACAAUUUUGAACUUGAAUUUAUACUUUACAAAAUAUGAUAAUCAAGGUGAUUUUGAAGCAUGGAAUGAAUCUCUUUAACAUUCCAAACAUUCCAAUAUGGAGAGGCAUUGCAUGCAUAUCUUAAAUUGACAAAUUAUGGACUCUUGUAGUGGGCACAAAAAAUAUUUGAGAGCAGUCUUUCAUCUUUCAAGGUCUCUUUUAUAGAAUGCAUUGUCCAUCACCUGACCAGGGGCCACAAUUCCAUGACUGAAGUGUUGGAUCUUGUGUAUAAGGACACUUUUAUGUUACACGGUUGUGCUUUAAUACUUUUUACUGUUGGUCCUAAAGAUAAACAAUAUUUCCUCUGAGGUAACUUUGUUAUUAUAAGAAAUGCAGCAAUGUUUUUAUUGGUUGUGUCAUAACUUCCUUUUCUUUUUACAAUUGUCAUACAUGUGCUGAUUGAGUGAUUACAAAUAACAUACAAAUAUAUAUAUUUAUGUUUGAGGAUUACACAUUUUGUAUAUAUUGUAGAUAUCAUUUUGUAUAUAUAUUAAACCUUUAAUCAUUUGAACUUUAGGAAAAGAUGUACCAAAGGUACAAACAGAUUGAUUACUAAAUGAAGGGUUCAUGAAUGAAUUCACCUGCCUAGAUUUAAAUAAUACGUCCACUGAUCAGUCUAAAGUGAAAUUUCAACACUAUUAAAAAGAGGAUAAAAAUGUAAACCAUCUUUAAUUUAUGUGGUGUGUUUUUACUUCAUUUUGUGUAUUUUGGAAACAAAUGAAAGAUGACAGAAAAAAAUAAGAAAUGUCAUUAUUACAGAAGAGUAAAUUGGUACAAAAUUAUGAAGGUUUCUGCAAAUUUUGAAUUGUAUACCCAAAAACUUAAAUUUUGACUGUAUAAUGAAUUUUUAUUAUAUUGAGAAUAUGACAAAUCACUUUUCAGUGCCAUAUUAUAUUUGUUUUCUUUUCCCCCAUGUAUAUAUAUAUUCAUAUCUGAUGUAUAAAUGUGCUGUAAUUUUAGAGUGCUCUCAUCAUUCAUAUCCCGAUUUAUGUUUUCCAACCGUUUUAAUUUUAUACUGGGUUAUCCAGAAAAUCUGUUUUAUGCAUUGAAAUAACACACAUGUGUAAUACAUUUUUAGCUCACCUGGCCCGAAGG